AUGGCAACACCUACCAUUCCACCACCUCACUUGUCUAGAACAGUCAUCAUGGCACCACCUACCAUUCCACCACCUCACUUGUCUAAAACAGUCAUCAUGGCAACACCUACCAUUCCACCACCUCACUUGUCUAGAACAGUCAUCAUGGCACCACCUACCAUUCCACCACCUCACUUGUCUAGAACAGUCAUCAUGGCAACACCUAUCAUUCCACCACCUCACUUGUCUAGAACAGUCAUCAUGGCACCACCUACCAUUCCACCACCUCACUUGUCUAGAACAGUCAUCAUGGCAACACCUAUCAUUCCACCACCUCACUUGUCUAGAACAGUCAUCAUGGCACCACCUACCAUUCCACCACCUCACUUGUCUAGAACAGUCAUCAUGGCAACACCUACCAUUCCACCACCUCACUUGUCUAGAACAGUCAUCAUGGCACCACCUCCCAUUCCACCACCUCACUUGUCUAGAACAGUCAUCAUGGCACCACCUACCAUUCCACCACCUCACUUGUCUAGAACAGUCAUCAUGGCACCACCUACCAUUCCACCACCUCACUUGUCUAGAACAGUCAUCAUGGCACCACCUACCAUUCCACCACCUCACUUGUCUAGAACAGUCAUCAUGGCAACACCUACCAUUCCACCACCUCACUUGUCUAGAACAGUCAUCAUGGCAACACCUACCAUUCCACCACCUCACUUGUCUAGAACAGUCAUCAUGGCACCACCUACCAUUCCACCACCUCACUUGUCUAGAACAGUCAUCAUGGCAACACCUACCAUUCCAUCACCUCACUUGUCUAGAACAGUCAUCAUGGCACCACCUACCAUUCCACCACCUCACUUGUCUAGAACAGUCAUCAUGGCACCACCUACCAUUCCACCACCUCACUUGUCUAGAACAGUCAUUAUGGCAACACCUACCAUUCCAUCACCUCACUUGUCUAGAACAGUCAUCAUGGCACCACCUACCAUUCCACCACCUCACUUGUCUAGAACAGUCAUCAUGGCACCACCUACCAUUCCACCACCUCACUUGUCUAGAACAGUCAUCAUGGCACCACCUACCAUUCCACCACCUCACUUGUCUAGAACAGUCAUCAUGGCAACACCUACCAUUCCACCACCUUACUUUUCUAGAACAGUCAUCAUGGCACCACCUACCAUUCCACCACCUCACUUGUCUAGAACAGUCAUCAUGGCAACACCUACCAUUCCACCACCUAACUUGUCUAGAACAGUCAUCAUGGCACCACCUACCAUUCCACCACCUCACUUGUCUAGAACAGUCAUCAUGGCAACACCUACCAUUCCACCACCUCACUUGUCUAGAACAGUCAUCAUGGCACCACCUACCAUUCCACCACCUCACUUGUCUAGAACAGUCAUCAUGGCACCACCUACCAUUCCACCACCUCACUUGUCUAGAACAGUCAUCAUGGCAACACCUACCAUUCCAUCACCUCACUUGUCUAGAACAGUCAUCAUGGCACCACCUACCAUUCCACCACCUCACUUGUCUAGAACAGUCAUCAUGGCAACACCUACCAUUCCACCAUCUCACCUGUCUAGAACAGUCAUCAUGGCAACACCUACCAUUCCACCACUUCACUUGUCUAGAACAGUCAUCAUGGCACCACCUACCAUUCCACCACCUCACUUGUCUAGAACAGUCAUCAUGGCAACACCUACCAUUCCAUCACCUCACUUGUCUAGAACAGUCAUCAUGGCACCACCUACCAUUCCACCACCUCACUUGUCUAGAACAGUCAUCAUGGCACCACCUACCAUUCCACCACCUCACUUGUCUAGAACAGUCAUCAUGGCAACACCUACCAUUCCACCACCUCACUUGUCUAGAACAGUCAUCAUGGCACCACCUACCAUUCCACCACCUAACUUGUCUAGAACAGUCAUCAUGGCAACACCUACCAUUCCACCCCCUCACUUGUCUAGAACAGCCAUCAUGGCACCACCUACCAUUCCACCACCUCACUUGUCUAGAACAGUCAUCAUGGGAACACCUACCAUUCCAUCACCUCACUUGUCUAGAACAGUCAUCAUGGCACCACCUACCAUUCCACCAACUCACUUGUCUAGAACAGUCAUCAUGGCACCACCUACCAUUCCACCACCUCACUUGUCUAGAACAGUCAUCAUGGCAACACCUACCAUUCCACCACCUCACUUGUCUAGAACAGUCAUCAUGGCACCACCUACCGUUCCACCACCUCACUUGUCUAGAACAGUCAUCAUGGCACCACCUACCAUUCCACCACCUCACUUGUCUAGAACAGUCAUCAUGGCAACACCUACCAUUCCACCACCUCACUUGUCUAGAACAGUCAUCAUGGCACCACCUCCCAUUCCACCACCUCACUUGUCUAGAACAGUCAUCAUGGCACCACCUACCAUUCCAUCACCUCACUUGUCUAGAACAGUCAUCAUGGCAACACCUACCAUUCCACCACCUCACUUGUCUAGAACAGUCAUCAUGGCACCACCUACCGUUCCACCACCUCACUUGUCUAGAACAGUCAUCAUGGCACCACCUACCAUUCCACCACCUCAUUUGUCAGCACAGUCAUCAUGGCAUCACCUACCAUUCCACCACCUCACUUGUCAGAACAGUCAUCAUGGCAACACACCCCAUUCCACCACCUCACUUGUCUAG